CGCACGUGCCAAACCCUUGUUGGGCUUUGGUCUCUAGGGUUCGCGGCGAAGAGGGAAGAGGGAGCGAGCGGUGAGAAGCCUUGGGAGAUGACGACUAGGAUCGCUCCCGGCGUCGGAGCGAACCUCCUCGGCCAACACUCCGCCGAGAGGAACCAGGAUGCCACUACAUAUGUCGGCAAUCUUGACCCCCAGGUUUCUGAGGAGCUAUUAUGGGAAUUAUUUGUCCAAGCUGGGCCUGUUGUUAAUGUCUAUGUGCCGAAAGAUAGAGUUACUAAUCUUCAUCAAGGAUAUGGGUUUGUGGAGUUUCGGAGUGAAGAAGAUGCUGAUUAUGCAAUCAAGAUUUUAAACAUGAUAAAACUGUAUGGAAAGCCAAUACGUGUGAAUAAGGCUUCACAAGACAAAAAGAGCCUGGAUGUUGGGGCAAACCUUUUUGUUGGAAAUCUUGACCCGGACGUGGAUGAAAAGCUUCUAUACGAUACAUUCAGUGCAUUUGGAGUUAUUGUAACAAAUCCAAAGAUUAUGCGAGACCCUGAAACUGGAAACUCCAGAGGCUUUGGGUUUAUCAGCUAUGAUUCGUUUGAGACAUCGGAUGCAGCAAUUGAGGCCAUGAAUGGUCAAUACUUAUGCAAUCGUCAAAUCACAGUUUCAUAUGCUUACAAGAAAGACACGAAAGGGGAACGACAUGGAACUCCGGCAGAGCGAGUACUGGCUGCAAGCAACCCAACAACACAGAGGAACAGGCCGCAUACCUUAUUUGCAAGUGGACCUCCAACUCUUCCAAGCGGUCCCCAAGCAAAUGGUGCCAAUAUUGGCGCUCCCGUUCCUCGUCCUUUCCUCACUACCCCAGUCCCACCUGGUCAGAUACCACCAGUUCGUCCUCCACCACCACAAGCUGGCCAGUUCCCGCCACCUAUGCACAUUCCCGGAGCACCUCCAUCCUGGCCUGGUCAGCCACAACAGCCUCUGCCUUCUCUUGGCCCACCUGUGGUACCAGCUCCCCAAAUGCAGCAGCAGUUCAGGCCUCCACCGAUGAGGCCACCGGCCAACAUACCUCCGCCACCCCCACAGAACAUUAUGAUGGGGGCACCACCACCCCAUUCAGGCAUGGGUGUUCCACCACCCAUGUGGAGACCAGCCCCACCACCCCCUCAACAACUUGGUGUAAGACCUUUCCCGCCCCCUCAGAUGUCGAUGCCACCGCCUCCACCACCGGCAAACUCCACAUUAUAAAUCUCAUCUGGUGCGCAUUCAGGUCUUUUGAAGAUUAUACUCCCCUGGGUGAUGAAAUUGAUAUCCAAUGGAGGCUCUCUACAAAGCUAACGCUGCAAAUUACUUAUACUGUGCCAUUUGCAUGUAACCUUGCGGAGCAUGGUGUAACGACAAUUAGAUUGCUAGGCUGAAGGAGUUGUCAACUCACACGGAAAUCAGUUACUGAGCACUUGUCUUGUGAGAUCAGCUGUUAAACAGGUUGAGGAUGUAUGUUGCCUUAAAAGAUGUUUUCAUUUUUGUGUUGAGCUAUGACUGCAUGUUGAACAUGAUGUUAGCCAAGAUAAGAUUACUGGAUUUGAAUGGCCAACUUGGUGUAUGAAAUGUUGCCUCUUUGAAAUUUAUUUCAUGUAAUUGAAGAAGACACUGAUGAACUUUGAUUU